GAUGACGUCACCGGGCUGGCGGAAAGAGCCGAGCCCUGCCGGGGGGAGCCGAGUGCUGCCACAGGUAAACCCAGGAAGGGCGUGCGCCCCGGAACCCGCCGCCGGAGGAGCCUCUGUCCCGCGCGCCCCCCGCCAUGGGGGCCUGCCUGGGGGUCUGCUCCGUGCUCAGCUGUGUGUCAUGUCUUUGUGGAUCGGCCCCUUGCCUCUUGUGCGGCUGCUGCCCCUCCAGCAAGAGUUCCACGGUCACUCGCCUGAGCUUCACCUUCUUCCUCUUCCUGGGCACGCUGGUGUCCAUCAUCAUGAUCAUCCCCGGAGUAGAGGCAGAACUCCACAAGCUCCCUGGGUUCUGUGAAGGCAGCAACGCGCUCCCAUACGUCCAAGGCCAGGUCAACUGCAAGUCCUUCCUGGGCCACAAAGCCGUGUACCGCAUGUGCUUUGCAACCGCUGCUUUCUUCUUCCUGUUUGGUUUAAUCAUGAUCUGUGUGAGGAACAGCAAGGACCCCAGAGCCGCCAUCCAAAACGGGUUUUGGUUCUUCAAGUUCCUGAUCCUGGUUGGAAUAACCGUGGGCGCCUUCUAUAUUCCCGACAGGCCCUUCUCACACGUCUGGUUCUACUUUGGUGUGGUUGGCUCUUUCCUCUUCAUCCUCAUCCAGCUGAUCCUCUUGAUUGACUUUGCCCAUUCCUGGAGUCAGAUCUGGCUGCGAAAUGCCGAUGAAGGCAACAGCAAGUCCUGGUACGCAGGCCUCUUUUUCUUCACCUUCCUCUUCUACGCGGCCUCCAUUGCGGCGGUGGUGCUCUUGUACAUCUACUACACCAAGUCGGACGGCUGUGCGGAAGGCAAGGCUCUCAUCAGCCUUAAUCUCAUCUUCUGCGUGAUCGUCUCCAUUGUGUCCGUCCUGCCCAAGAUCCAGGACGCUCAGCCGCACUCGGGCCUCUUGCAGGCCUCCAUCAUCACGCUCUACACCAAGUAUGUCACCUGGUCGGCCUUGGCCAAUGUCCCAGAGAAACACUGCAACCCAACCCUGCUGGUGCGCAUGGAGGGAAACCAGAACGGCACUGCGGUCGGCCAACAGCCAACUCAAUGGUGGGAUGCCCCGAGCAUUGUCGGACUGGUCAUCUUCCUCCUGUGUUCCCUUUUCAUAAGCAUCCGCUCCUCGGACCACGCGCAAGUGAACAAGAUGAUGCUGACGGAGGAGAGCCCGGCCAUGCUGGGGGGCGGGAGCCCCGUCCCCGAAGACGGCGUGCACCGCGCGUACGACAACGAGGAGGACGGGGUGUCUUACAACUACACCUUCUUCCACUUCUGCCUCCUCCUGGCCUCCCUUUACAUCAUGAUGACUCUCACCAACUGGUACACACCCGAUGAAGCUUAUCGGAACCUGACCAGCCCUUGGACCGCAGUCUGGGUGAAGAUUUCGUCCUCCUGGGUUGGGCUUUUUGUCUAUGUAUGGACACUGGUCGCCCCUCUUGUGCUUCCAGACCGUGACUUCAGUUGACCGUGAAGAUUGGGCAUCUGUAGGAAACGGAGACGGGAGCUCUUGGUCCCUUUACUUGAAUUUCUGGAAUCGCCUCGGGUGCCUCUGGAUCCCAAAGCCCGUUCUGAGUUUUCCCUUCCCGCUCCCUUGGUGUUGAGGCAGAUCUACAACUCUCAAGCAGUUCUUUAUCUCUUUUCGUCAUAGUGAAUUGUCACACUUGAUACAUAGGACAGUAUGUUGGAGAGGAAAUGAAAAUAGUUUAGUUUCAGGUGAUAAAGCCCUGUAAACAUAUAGUGAGGCAUCUUCAGGAGCAAAAAAUAUUUGCUGAUUUUCCUCCUCAUUUUAUAAUUUAAUAAAAACAUGCUGUUUUAAAGACA